AUGGCCCCGCCCCGGCCCGGCCCCGCCCCGCCCGGCGGUUCCGGGUUCGAUCCCGGCUCCGCCCGGUGCCGCGCCCCCGCCCGACCCCCGGUCCCCUCGUCCCUCCCCGGGACAGCGCCACUGCGGGGAUCCCUGGCGGGGCCGGUGUCCGCACCCGCCGGGUCGGUGCCGGAAGCGGUGCGGACCCGCCCGCUGCCGCCCCGCCCCGGCGCGCUCCCGCCGUUCCGCCCCGCGGGGACGCGCAGACCCGCCCGGCGCGGCUGGACUGUCCGGGGCUGUGCCGUGUCCCGGGACUCGGGCUCUCCCGGCACACGCUCCGGGUGCCGCGGCUCCUGCGGCUGCGGGGGGAGCGAUGCCAGCCCCGGACCCCCGGGACCCCCGGGACCCUCCCGGGCACCCCCGGACCCUCCCGGGCACCCCCGGACCCUCCCGGGCACCCCGGCACAUCCUCCCGGCCGGCAGCGGCGCUGCCCGGGACGCUGCCCCUCGCCCCCCGCCGCCCUGGAGCUCCGUGCCGGGGGUCCCGGGGACGCCGGGCCCGCUCUCGGGGUGCCGGGGCUCCCGGGGGUCCCGGGGGUCCCGGGGCAGCGGGCACCCCGGCCCACGCUCGUCGCUCUCUUGCAGCCCGGCCGCUCCAUGCGCUUGCCCCGCGGCGCCUGA